AUGGUGGAUGUGAAGUGUCUGAGUGACUAUGAAUUGCACAAGCAUCUUAGGACGCUUGGGUUCACACCUGGCCCAAUAUUACCUUCCACCAGAAAGAUGUACGAAAAGAAGCUAGUGCAACUGCUGGCCUCCCCUCCCUCUGAACUACCUGUCGUGAAAAGACCCGGCAGGCUGCACGGCCCUGAGGACAGUGAUGACAGUGAAGAUCCGGCCGUAAAUAUCAUUUUGAAAGGAAAUAUCAAGUUCUCAAACAACAAAGGCAAGGAAACCAAGAAGCAAAGACUUGAGGCUUCUACUAAUAAAGGAAGAAUCUUAGACAUCUACUACCUGAGCCAGAAGCCCACAAAGAAAGUCAGGUAUGCUGCAAGAUCAAGUCCGAGGAGUAAGCGUAGAUGUGUCUCCAAAGUCGACUACUACGGAUUGGAGAGUAGCUUCCCAUACCACAAUCCCAGGAACUACUUCCUGAGCCGCGGAAACGGCUUCCCGUGCCAGAGCUCGGAGAACGGCGUCCCAUGGAGCUUGAAGCUGGCUGUCCUUGGGAUUUUCUUCAUUGUGCUGUUUGUCUAUAUAAUCGUGGAAAAGAAGCCGCUCUUCGGUUAA